AUGGCGGCCAAAAGCGCACUUGAACGUGGAUUAACCACAGUCUGGCAAAAACUUUUGACUGUUGUCAACAAUGCCUUGGUUUAUCUUGAUAGUAGAACAGCUGAAUGGAUUCAUUGGUGUGGUAAUCUUCAAGAUCUGAUCGAUGCAGGAGCGCUUAACGUCUGCGACAUUUCCUUUGGAAGAGGUGGAAAUGAAUCUGAAACGAAAGCUGUGUUUGUGAUUGGUACUCUACUUCAAAGUGAAUCUCUGGACUUGAUUCGAACUAUUGUAGAAUCAAGUGAUUUUCAGCACUGUACAAUCCUUUGCACUGUGCCUGAAAAUGUGCAUUGUUUUGCAAGGCAUAUGGAAAUAGGAGAAAUAUCACCAUUUGGGGAACUAUCACAGAAACUUAGAGAGUGGAUGGGUAACAUGUAUGCCACUGUAGAUGUGCACUACCUGCCCCUGUUUCCUGCUGUGGUUUGUCCUGGUCUUUUCAUCACUCCAGUGUUUUCAACAUUCUUUCCUCUACUGCCAUCAGAUGUACCAAGACUGCAAAAGUUUCUCAGGAGCAUGGGCGACAAAAGAGUAUUUAACAGCCUGAAUGACUUUGAGGUGACUUUCCUUCCUCAUAAUCUGCAAUUGAAAGUCAAGAUGUUUGCCUUUGGUUUAAACAGUUUGUUUGAAUUGUUGGAAGUGAGUGAGGAUUGUUAUGGAGUAGGAUAUCUCAGCAAAGCUAUAGCUACAGAGCUUGCAAACUUACCAGCCGCUAGAACAAGAAGAAAGAGCUUGAGCAGCCGUGGAUCGCUGAUUUUGAUUGACAGGACACUCGAUCUGGUGGGACCAGCAAGCCACACAUUUGAUACACUUGCUGAUAGGAUCAUCCAGCUGUUGCCAAGGUUACCACAACAUACAAGUGAUGUCGCUGUAGAUAUGUCACCGCUUUGCUCUCCUGGCAGUUCAACUCCACACACUGUGGCACCAGGCUGCUUAGCACAUCCCCGGGAUCCUCCCACCCAGGCUCUUCUCUGCUCCAUGAUAACCAAGAGACAAAAGGAAAGCCUAAUGGAUUUGUCAAGACAGUUACAAGAUGCUUUGACAAAAGAAUCACUGAUACAAAAGAACAAAAGUGUUCAGAAUAAAAUCACAACAGAACAGCUCAUGUCCAUGUCAGAACAUUUUAGAGGUCAGCCAAAGUGUCUACAAAGACAUGGAGCACUGCUACAGUUGGUCAGAGCUACAAUUACAGCAUUGAAGAAUGAACACAUUCCACAAAUGGAACACUUGCAAGCUAUUGAAAAAGGUUUAGUUCUCCACAUUGGAGAACAUGGACCUCAAAGUGCUUUGUCAGAGGUGAUAAGUGCAUUACAGUCAGAUAGUAGACAGAGAUUUGUGGUUGUGGAAGAUAUUCUGCUUGUCCUGGUGUUCCUGUACUCACUAACUGGUGGUCAGGAUUGCUUUAACUCGCCCAUGGAAGAAGAACAAAUCAAAAACGUGCUGGUGAAUAGCAUACUCAGUGGAGAGGUGAAAUGCAGCAGUGAGCAGUUUUUAGGAUCGGAACUGUCGGAGAAGACCGUGAGAAGUAGAAUUUCGGAUGCUUUUGAAAAAGUUAGAGGUGUUAGCUUGGCAAGAGAAGAACUGCAAAUGUUCAGAAAUGUAUUUCAGAAGGGAACAGCAUUGAAACCAGCUCAGUAUUAUCCUCUCGUCAAACAGAUAAUAGAAGGCAUUUUUAGUCCUGAAUCACCUGAACUACCCGAUAUCGAGUUCAAGUCACACGGCUUUAAGGAUCUCAUCAAAACAGGAUUUAGUUUAUUCAUGAAUGUGAGCAAGCCUCGUCCUAAUGACCAUCCUCUAUUGGUUCUGUUCAUCGUUGGGGGAAUCACGUGUUCAGAGGUUCACCAAAUAAGGGAAGCGUUUGCUGCGUAUCAUCCUAAUACCCAGCUUUUAAUUGGUAGCACACGGCUUAUGAAAGGCGAAGAUUUGUUUGAGGAAGUUUUCCUCCAAGAUAAUCUGUUCCCAGCUCUUCAUUGAUGAUUUUCAUGAGGUGUGGCGAGAUUUAGUCGUAAUACACAUCUGGCUUGUGAUGCCAAUGUCAAGUUAUCCAAGUCGUCGUGACAGACUUGCUAGAGAACACUACAUACGCGUGAGAAAUAGCGGGUGGUCAGUUGCUUUUAACAAAACAAGAGAUAAACUGUAAAUUGAACAGCUGAAUAGACAGCACGCGUAACUCCCGUACUCCCGUAAUGAUAUUACGGUGGUGAAGGAUUCCAUGAAACUUUUUUUAUGCCACUUGAAGAUUGGACGAAAAUAUCUUCCUAAUCUUUUAGUAGAGGCUUGAGAAAAGUACGAACUUCAGAUCAAGUACAAGAGACUUGUAAAGGACCAAAAGCCCAACUCGGUGCAAAGCGAAAAAAAAAUUGAUUUUAUUUAAAUUUUGAACAAGUGCACAGAGGAUGCAUAGAAAUUACAGUAAUGGAAACGACAGCCGCAGAGCUUCUAAAAAAUAUGCUAUGAUAUUUCCUAUCCUUUGAGAGCUUUUAUUGUAUCGAGAUGAAACAACUGAUAUGCUCCUAAGAACAGCCUUUUAAAGUCUUUUAAGGGUGGACCGUUUGUUGCAUGGGUGCCCGGUGUGGUUCGUUAACUCUAUGUUACCACUGACACAGAGCAUCGAUAGUUACAAGAUGUCCUACUCAAAUAUGAAGCGGAUUUGUAGUACUUUUGCGACCGAGAGCUAAGCCUUUUAAAAUGAUCUUUUUCUUAAAUCUGAUUUAUAAACGAUGGCCUCAGUAUAGAGUUGUUUACGGCGGGUUUUUAAAAUAAACCUUAAGGUCAAAGUC